AGCGCUGCCAGCCAGGCCAGAGCCCUGGGAGACCCGAGCCGCCCGCCGCACUCCCGCCUCGGGCGGGGAAACAGGAACGAUGCUACCAGAGAGAAGUACCCAGAGUUUCAACUAUAAAUACAGGCAAAAUUCUUUCUCCUAUGAUGUUAAGCGAGACAUCUACAAUGAAGAGAACUUUCAACAGGAACACAGGAAAAGGGGCCUUUCCUCCGGGAACAUGGAUAUUGAUAUCACCACCUUCAGACACCAUGUCCGGUGCCGCUGCUCAUGGCCCAGGUUCCUAAGAUGCAUGUUUACCAUCUUUCCCUUCCUACAAUGGAUGUGUUUGUAUCGAUUCAAGGAUUGGCUUCUUGGAGACUUACUUGCUGGCUUAAGUGUUGGCCUUGUGCAAGUUCCCCAAGGCCUGACAUUUACUUUGCUGGCGAGGCAACUGAUUCCCCCUCUCAAUAUCGCUUAUGCAGCUUUCUGUUCUUCAGUAAUUUAUGUAAUCUUUGGAUCAUGUCAUCAAAUGUCCAUUGGUUCCUUUUUCCUCGUCAGUGCUCUGAUGAUCAACGUCCUGAAAGAGAGCCCCUUCAACGAUGGUCACCUGAUCAUCGGAAGUUUCAUCAAGGAUGACUUUUCUGCCCCGUCGUUCUUCAUAGGCUAUAACAAAUCCCUGAGCAUGGUGGCAGCCACAACCUUUCUGACUGGGAUUAUCCAGCUAAUCUUGGGUGUGUUGGGUUUUGGCUUCGUGGCCACUUACCUUCCGGAGGCUGCAGUCAGUGCUUACUUGGCUGCUACGGCUCUGCACAUCAUGCUGUCCCAGCUGACUUGCAUCUUCGGGAUUAUGAUCAGUUUCCAUGCUGGUCCCAUCGCUUUCUUCUAUAACAUAAUUAACUACUGUGUAGCUCUCCCAAAAGCCAAUUCCACCAGUAUCCUGCUAUUUCUAACUGCUGUUGUUGCUCUGAGAAUCAACAAGUGUGUCAGAAUUUCUUUCAAUCGGUAUCCCAUCGAGUUUCCCAUGGAAUUACUUCUGAUUCUUGGCUUCAGUAUGAUUGCAAACAACAUAAGCAUGGCCACAGAAAACAGCAAGAUGCUCACUGAGAUGAUUCCUUAUAGCUUCCUGUUUCCUGUCACACCAGAUUUCUCAGAUCUUCACAGGGUUAUUUAUCAAGCCAUCUCUUUAUCCUUGGUGAGCUCCUUUAUGCUCAUAUUUCUGGGUAAGAAGAUUUCCAGUCCCCAUAACUACAGAGUCAAUUCCAACCAGGAUCUAAUAGCCAUCGGCUUUUGCAAUGUCGUCAGUUCAUUUUUCAGAUCUUUUGUGUUCACCGGUGCCAUUGCCAGGACUAUUAUCCAGGAUAAAUGUGGAGGAAGACAACAGUUUGCAUCUCUGGUAGGCGCAGGUCUGAUGCUGCUCCUGAUGGUGAAAGCAGGCCACUUCUUCUCCGAACUGCCAAACGCUGUGUUGGCUGGGAUUAUCCUGAGUAAUGUCCUGCCCUACCUUGAAGCCAUUUACAGUCUCCCCGCCCUGUGGAGGCAGGACCAGUAUGACUGUAUUCUUUGGCUGGUGACAUUCGCAUCCGCGAUCUUCCUGGGACUGGACUUCGGACUACUGGUGUCGUUAGUGUUUGCUUUCUUCGUCAUCACUGUUCGUUCGCACAGAACCAAGGUUCUCCUCCUGGGUCAGGUCCCUAACACCAACAUUUACAGAAGCAUCAAUGACUAUCGGGAGAUCGUGAGCAUCCCCGGGGUGAAGAUCUUCCAGUGCUGCAACUCCAUCACGUUUGUGAACAUUUACCACCUCAGACGCAGGCUGCUAAAGGAGGUGGAUAUGAUCCGAGUGCCUCUGAAAGAAGAAGAGAUUUUCAGCCUGUUUAAUCAAAGUGAUAUGGAUGCACAGGAAAAUAAGAUUUGCCAGUGUACCUGCAACUGUGAUGAACUGGAGCCCCCACCCAGGAUUGUUUACACCGAGCGAUUUGAGAGUAAACAGGAUCCUGACGUGUCCUCCGUUAACCUGGUGCGCUGCUCGCGUUUCGACAGCAUCAUCACCAGCCAGAGUGCAUCAGAAGACCAAAUGCCAUACACAACGUCUUCCAUCUCUCAGAGGACUCAAGCACAAAACUAUGAGGACGUGGAGAAAGCCUGGCUUCCAAGUUACCCCCAGCAAAACAGCUUGCAGCCACCGGCCGACCAAAGUCAGCAGAGGAGUCGACCGUUCACCCCUUUCUCAGAUGCCUAUCUUCAGCCCAGCACCCACACCAUCAUCCUAGACUUCUCCAUGGUGCACUUUGUGGAUGCACGGGCUUUAGUCAUGUUAAGACAGAUGUGCAAUGCUUUCCAAAACGCCAACAUCUUGAUGCUCUUCGCAGGCUGUCACUCUUCUGUGGUCAGGGCAUUCGAGAAGAAUGAUUUCUUUGAUGCCGGCAUCACCAAGGCCCAGCUCUUCCUCACCCUCCACGAUGCCGUGCUGUUUGCCUUGUCCAGGAAGGUGGUAGAGCCCUCUGAGUUAAGCCUGGACGAAUCCGAGACUGUGAUACGGGAAACCUACUCAGAAACAGACAAGAAUGACAAACCAGGAAGUAAAAUUAGUGGUAGUUUUCUAGAAAGUCCCAAAAUUUCAAGCCCGGGCUUCCUCAAUUCACCGGAGCCCAUAGAAGAGGAGCUGUCAGAGUUUGAUCUGGAGCUGGAACCCAUGCUACAGUCGGAACAAGGGACUAGGCUGGGCCAUGGCCUAGAUCUGGACCAGGAGAUGGAGCCUGAAUCUGAGGCGGAGCCCAAAACAGAGAUGGAGACCCAGCCAGAGCCCAAGCCUGAAAUGGAGGAUGAGGCAGAGAUGGACAGGGAGCCUGCGUCCACAUCCAGGCCCAGGAUUUACAGCCAGCCUCGGCGCCACUACCAGCCUGUGUAUCACCCUGUGGUUCCCAAAUCCCAGUCCCAGAAUCGGUCGUGGUCCAUGGAGAAGAGACGCUCACAGAAGGAUUCAUACACAUCUGAGGGCCACAGCAAAGAGAUGAACUGAAAAUGAGGAAUAGAGGAUCUUUGACACACCCUCCACACACCAAAGGGGCCACUUGGUUGUGAAACCUGGACUGGACACAAGCCAGCAGGCUUGCAAUGGGCCUCUGGCCUUCUUGCUCGCUGUGGACUGGGAUUCCACUCCCAGAUCUCGCUACUAAAUGCCAGGAAUGACCCCCGAACUCCUGAUCUGGGAUCCCCUCCUGUCGUCCUCAGCAGAUGCUAUAGUGAAGAGUCUCCUUCACACACCCCACAUCUGGGGCUUGUGCCAGACCAUCCCUAACUCCCUCCUCGCGUCUGUUCCCCUUUCUCCAAAGAGA